UAGCUCCAGCAUGCUGACUGACAGUGACAAGAUCGAAAAAGCCAUUGAUCUGGUGAAGUUGCACAUCGUGACUGUGGUUCGAGAGGAGAUGCAGGUGCUGAAGGAGCAGAUCCGGCGCCUGGAGGAGCGCAAUGCGGCGCUGGAGCAGGAGAACCGGCUGCUGUGUGCCCUGGCCAGGCCUGAACAGCUG